UCCCAUCCCGCCACCGCGAGCAUCUCCCACCUCGGGAUCCCUCCAGAUCCACCCUCUCUCCCUCGAUUUCCCGAUCGGGCCAACCACCUCCUUCACUCGAUCCACCCAAUCCCGCAACCGAGGCCCGAGCUCCUCCCACUCGAUCCCUCCUCGAGCACCUGCCUCUGCCCGAGCUCCUACCUCAGCUCCCCAUCACCCUCGACCCCGCCUCGUCGGCCGGCCGGAGAUGAGUGCCCCGACAGCCCCGCUUGUUUUCCCCUCCUGUUUCUCUACCUCUCUGUCUCACGAUCUUCCCCUCCCUCUCUCUGUUUUCGCUCACAGGAGACCGCCAUGGCGCCGCUGCAGUUCUCCUGCAGUUGGAUGCAGCAGCUCUGCAUCGAGCGCACGCCCGCGCCGCCGCUGCCGUGUCUGCCUCCCUCCGCUUCCAGCCGUCCCCGCUGCCAUGCGCCUCGUCCGCCUUGCCGGGUUCUUCGCCAGUCCCUCGCCCCGCCUGUGCGUCUCUGCUCCUUCCUCGACGCCGAGCUCGCCAAGCUCCGCCGCCUCGACCUCAGGCCGGCCUCCCUCGCGCCCUCUCUUCCUUUCCCUCCCCCCUUUCUGUCUCACCUCUCUCUGUCUCUCUUCGUCAGGGACAGGAACCAGACGAGCCCAGCUGCGGCCUCGCCGGAGAGCUUCCCCGCGCCCGUCCCAUCGCGCCGCGCCUGUCCAGCCUCUGCUCGAGCUCGUCGACCCUCCGCUUCCCGUGCCUGCCGGCCCUGCCUCAAGUCCCCGCUGCCACGUCGUGCCCUGCGUCUGCCUCGCCCGCUCGUCUCUGUACGCGAGGGGAACGAGCGCCUCGCCCGCGUUGACCUCUCCCCUCGCCAAGCCGCCGAGCCGCCCGAGCACCUCCUCCAGUUCGUCGCCUCGGACGCCGCCUGGUCAAGCUCCGCUCGCUUCCGUCCAUCGCCGGGAGACGCCAGCGCCAAGUUCCCUGUCUGCUUCCUCUGCAUCGAGCGAGGGCAGCGCCCGCGUUGACCGCAUCGCCCGUCACCAGCUACCAGGCCAAGCGCGCCCCUUCGCGGCCUGCCCAGCCUCCUCCCCACCGAACUGGGCUUGGCCCAUGGUGAGCAGCAUCCAGUGCCCUCUCAUGUGCACGGUUGGCCCAGCAAGAUUCGGCCCCUUCGGUUUCGUUCCGGAGUUGUGAGGAUUCGUUCGACUACGUCCGUUUGUCUUCGUCAUGGACUCGUUCUUCUUCCUUGCGGGAUCUCAGGCACUCCCGUUUCAUGGACGGCCUGGUCGAUGCCUCCAAGGAGCCCUUCGUCUACUGCUAUGAGUGCCCGAUGCCGUUUUGGGGCUCGCCGGCGGACAUGCAUCACCCCACGCAGGCGUCCCGUGAUCACUACUGGCCCUUGGCAGAGAACAUCAAGUACGAGACGUGCUACCCAUUCGCCGUACCGGAGUCGCUGGAGGAUCACUGCCGCCUGCUAGUCUCGGAGGAGGACGGCAGCGCCUUCCUCUUGAUCGUGGGAACCGGCGAGGCCCGCGCAGGCCGCCGCCCCGUCUCUGUAGUGUGCGUCAAGGGCGACGCCGCUGAUGCUGACACUGACACGAGGCCGAUGUACGGGUGCGUGCUCACUGUUACUGCCCCUCAGAGGUACGUGGGCGCCCACACCCGCUCCAUGACGCUGACUAGGACUGUGCCGAGCUGGGACCUUCCCGCCGAUGUGGACAUGGAAGACGCAUGGUAUGAUUUCCCCCAAACAUGGUGCACGGGGACUCCAAGGAGGUUCACCUGGACAUAUGCAUUACCAAGUUAAAUGAUGAUCAUUAG